AUGGGACUUGACAUUCAGUUGUUCCGUGACGAGACGGGCGCGGACAUGAUCCGUGAAUCGCAGCGCCGGCGCUUUGCCGACCCCGCUGUUGUUGACACUGUCAUCGAGGUGGACAAGAAUUGGCGCCGCACGCAGUUUCUGACGGAGGUCACCAAGAAGCUCAUCAACGCCUGUAGCAAGGCUGUUGGGAUGAAGAAGAAGGCAAAGGAGGCGGAUGGCGACACCUCCGAGAUCCCGGAGCCCAUUAAGGUGGCCUCCAGGGAUGGGACACUCAGCGCCGAGCAGGUAGCGGACCUCAGCGUGCUGCAGCUCAAGCAGCUCUCGAAGGAUCUCUCCGACCAGGUGGCGGGCCUCGCCCAGGAGGCGAGCGAGCUGGAGGCGGAGCGUGACCGGCUCGUGCUCAGCGUCGGAAACAUAAUCCACGAGUCGGUGCCGGUCGCGCAGGACGAGGACACUGGCAACACCGUUGUGCGCCUCUACGGCGACGUGACGAAGCGAGCCAAGCUUAACCACGUGACGAUCAUGGAGCGUCUCGGCAUGAUGGACACAACCAAGUCCGUCACGUCGAUGGCUGGCGCGCGUGCCUACGUGCUGAAGGGUGGUCUCGUGCAGCUGCAGGUGGCGCUUCUCUCGUACGGCUUGAACUUCCUCGUCAGUAAGGGCUACACUCCCUUCUACCCGCCGUUCUUCCUUAACAAGGACGCUAUGUCGGAGGUGGCGCAGCUCUCGCAGUUUGACGAGGAGCUGUACAAAGUGACGGGCGAGGGCGAUGAGAAGUACCUCAUUGCCACGAGCGAGAUGCCCAUCGCGGCGUAUCACCGUGGUAAGUGGUUCGCAGAUCUGAAGGAGCCAUUGAAGUACGCUGGCAUGUCGAGCUGCUUCCGCAAGGAGGUCGGUGCGCAUGGCCGCGACACACUCGGUAUUUUCCGCGUGCACCAGUUCGACAAACUGGAGCAGUUCCUUGUCUGCUCCCCACGCGAGGAGGAGUCGUGGCGCCACCUCGAAGAAAUGAUCCGCACCUCUGAGGAGUUCUGCGAGAGCCUGGGCCUGCCGUACCGCACCAUCAACAUAUGCUCCGGUGCACUCAAUAACGCCGCGGCGAAGAAGUACGAUCUUGAGGCCUGGUUCCCUGCGUCAGGGGCUUUCCGCGAGCUAGUGUCCUGCUCGAACUGCACUGACUACCAAGCGCGCGGUGUGAACUGCCGCUACGGCCCCAACCUGCGCGGUGUUGCGGCCAACAAUGUCAAGGAGUACUGCCACAUGCUGAACGGUACCCUUUGCGCCAUUACCCGGACGAUGUGUUGCAUCUGCGAGAACUAUCAGACAGAGGAGGGCGUCAUCAUCCCCGACGUGCUUCGCCCGUACAUGAUGGGUACCGAGAUGCUGAAGUUCGUUGAGGCUGCCCAGCCGGCGGAGGCAGGCGACGCUAAGUAA